UCCUCAUGUCCCUUUCAGUGUGCCACCAGCGCGGGUGUGAAGCUGUUCCCGAGGCCGAUCUCCGAAAGGCUUUUUCAGCACUCCUGAUGUCUCUGGAGCAAGGGGCUGUUUGUUCCCAGCAGAGAGAUGCCGGCUCUGAGCUGGUGAAGGGUGAAUUCUACUCUGUUCAUGAGUUGGUGAAGGAGCCCCUGGAUGACGGAUCACCAAGAGGGAAUAUACUCAGAAAAUUAUCGGGCAAGCGGUUCAGGUGCCGUGCCGUGCCCGUGUUGGUGCUGGUUGUGCUCGUGUUGCUGGUGCUGGCUUUGGCGGUGGCCUUGGCUGUGCAGUCAGCCCCACAGCUUCCAGUCACACCUGCGACUCCGCUCUUGGUUCUGGCCUGUCCCUCUGGCUGGGUUGGCUACAAUGGGCUCUGCUACUACUUCUCCAAGGAUUCCAGCACCUGGGAGCAGGGUCAGGAACGGUGCUCCGAGCUCGGGGCCUCCCUGGCCAUUGUCAAGGAUGAGGACCUGGGUUUGCUCUUCCGCCUCCGCGGGAACGUCGAUUACUGGCUCGGGCUGCGCAGACGGGGCCAGCGCCUGCACUGGGGGGACGGCAGCAACUUCAGCUCCUGGGUUCCUGUCCGUGGCGAUUCCGAGUGUGUGUACCUGGCUGGGAAUAAAUUUGUGAGUCAGAGCUGCUCCAAUGAGCGUCCGUAUCUGUGCAGCAAGGCCCAAGCUCCCCUGUGACAGGGGCUGCAGAAAGGACCUUCUCCACGCUGGGCAGUCCCAGCUUCACCUCUCAGCCCGGCACAGGCUGUCCUUGCUCAGCUGCAGCCUGUGCCUUGCCCUCACUCUCAGGGUCACCUCCGUGCCUGUUCCUCGCCACUGCCAAGGCCGGGCUGGGUGUCCAAAGGAAAAGUCUCCGCAAUCCCUCCUGGCCCCGGUGCUGCCUGCAGGGAGGGCAUUGCCCCCGUGACAGCCCCAGCUCCAAGGGCAGCCACCAGCGCCCCCGCCCGCGGUGCGGGAACUGCAGCCAAGGGGAAAGUGCCUGCGGCCGAGAGCGCCUGGGGC